AUUAAGACACACCUCCUCCCCUGUGGCAAUUUCCAGCCCACAGGCCCCGCUCAUCUUGUGACCCGGCGCGCGCUGAACUUGGCGAGGUGGCCCUGCAGAGUUCACUCUGAUGUCACGGUCCGGCCUGCAGGGGUCACAGGCGGGUCAGGCCCGAGGAUUGGGACUGGGCCCCAGGUCACGCCCCCGCUCGCCCGCUUAGCUCACCGGCCAGAGGCACUGUCUAGAGAGGGGCGGGCCCGGAUUUCUGAGAAUUACCUCCAGCGUCUGGCUCCGGUUCCUGCCGGCCGGAGCCCAGAAGUUGUCUGGCACCAGUUACCGUCGCCGGAUUGUUAGAAGAAAUGACAGUCGGAGGAGCCCUUUUCUAGAGCCUCUGAAACGCGCAGCAGGGUUAGGCGGAAACGCUGACUCCCUGAAACACGCCCGGUGGCGACCCCGGCUUGGAGCGUUGUGCGGUCUGCUCGCUCCUUAAGACUCCGCAGACGUUUUUCAUUCCCGCGGGCUUUGGGGACCCACGCGGGAGGACCGCGUAUCUAACAGCUCUCAAGAUUAAAGAGUUUCCCAUCUCCAUGGGACGCUUUCCAAAGCGUGAGGUUGGCUCGUUCUAGAGCCGGUGUUCAGUUUUAAACAAACGCGCGUUAUUCCGUUUCAUUUUCGGCCCGGCUGGUGCGUUCUGCGCCCAAACCAACCGAGCGCGUGGCCCUGCUGGUCCGAGGCUGUGCGGCUUGGCCAGGUGGGCAGCCGGGAUCGCCAGUGCGCUUGCCGCGAUGCGUGAACUCUGAGAACUGGCAGCACACUGGCUGCGGUAGCAGCUGAUUGUAGUUGAGCAAAGGCCAGCAGACCCGCUUCCCAGCUGGGAUACCGACACUCCCAUAGGCCUGGGUUUAGAACCGCGUACCCACUCACCCGGGUGGCUUUACUCUGGGUGGGAACCGGGAGAGCGCAGGAAGGCUCCCGUGUCGGGAGUCGCGAUCACUCUAGUAGCGUAGGUAGCCUAGCGUGCCGGGAGCUGGGAACAGUAUUUGCAACCAAAGGUCCCUUUUGGAAACGCUCCACCACCCGGAGGUGUGAACAGGUCAGGAAUGAUCGCUUCCAAAUUAAGGAGGAGGAACAAGCGCAAGGAUGUGUGGUGAUUUGCCCAAGGUGAUGCAAGUAGAAAUGAAGUCGGGACUCGGAGUCCAGACCCCCGGGCUUUCCUUAUUCUGUCUCUGUCUCCUCCUCCUGCUGGGGCUAAGGCUCCUGUUCUCCCUGCCUAGAGCAGGCUGCACGCCCCGGGGUCCUCGGAAUCCGGCCGGCUGUGGCCAGGUCGCAGAGCGCUGAUUGCUCAGGCGCCGAGGAAUUGCCCCCACGGGGGGGGUCAGGGUUGGGGCUGACUGGUGCAGUUUUGCACCUGGAGUCCUAAGGGAUCUGGGAGCUCUCUUGUACCCUUAGGUUAGCUCUUCCGUGACUUCAUGAGUGCGGGCCCCGUCGAGGGGGGCGGGGAACUGUGCUCCCUGCUCCUCCAGUCAUGCCUGACUCUCCGCAGCUCUCAAAGGGGUCCUGGCCCCCGGCUCUUGGAAGAGUCGGGAGAUCUUCGUUUUACUCUGCGUUCUGGACCUCGGUUUCCCUACCUGUGGAAUAAGGUGGCUUGACGAUCCCUGAACGCACUUCCCUGUCCUUCCCCAGCAGGUAAAAGGGAGCCCACGAGGCGCCAGUAAAUGGAAAACCAAUGAAGGCAGCUCUGGUCUGGGACCGCCAGUCGGACCCGACGGGAGGGAUUCCACAGAGACCACCAGGAAGCCCAGGGCUUGGCGUUCCCGCUCCCCGGAGCCCGGAUCGGCCCGUGUUGCCAUCUCCGAGCACCGCACACCUUGGGUGGGGAGCCAGGCAGCUCUUAGCUCCGCGCCCCAGGAGGCACGCUCCGAGAAAGCCGCCUCCGCGCCACCUCUGCCUCGACGCGGAACAAACGGUUAAAGAUUUUGGGCAGCGUCUCGCGGGGGGAGGAGCCAGGGACCCAAUCCGCAAUUAAAGAUGAACUUUGGGUGAACUAAUUUGUCUGACCAAGGUAACGUGGGCAGCAACCUGGGCCUCCUAUAAAGCGGGCGCGCGGCGAGGUUUGGAGUGCUGGCGGCGGCAGCAGGUGGCGCGUGAGGUCGAAGCGCGCCAUGGGUCUCUUUGCGCUGCUGGCCAGUGCGCUCUGCACCUUCGUGCUACCGCUGCUGCUCUUCCUAGCCGCGAUCAAACUCUGGGACCUGUACUGCGUGAGCAGCCGCGACCGCAGCUGCGCCCUCCCUUUGCCCCCCGGAACUAUGGGCUUCCCCUUCUUUGGGGAAACAUUGCAGAUGGUGCUACAGCGAAGGAAGUUCCUGCAGAUGAAGCGCAGGAAAUACGGCUUCAUUUACAAGACGCAUCUGUUCGGGCGGCCCACGGUGCGAGUGAUGGGCGCCGACAACGUGCGGCGCAUCUUGCUCGGGGAGCACCGGCUAGUGUCGGUCCACUGGCCCGCGUCGGUGCGCACCAUCCUGGGCUCCGGCUGCCUUUCGAAUUUACACGACUCCUCGCACAAGCAGCGCAAGAAGGUAAUUAUGCGGGCCUUCAGCCGAGAGGCGCUCCAGUGCUACGUGCCGGUGAUCGCCGAAGAAGUGGGACACUGCUUGGAGCAGUGGCUGAGUUGCGGCGAGCGGGGCCUCCUGGUCUACCCCCAGGUGAAGCGCCUGAUGUUCCGCAUCGCCAUGCGCAUCCUGCUGGGCUGCGAGCCUCCUCUGGCGAGCGGUGGGGACGCCGAGCAGCAGCUGGUGGAGGCCUUCGAGGAAAUGACCCGCAAUCUCUUCUCGUUGCCCAUCGAUGUUCCCUUCAGCGGGCUAUACCGGGGCGUGAAAGCGCGGAACCUUAUCCACGCGCGCAUCGAAGAGAACAUUCGCGCCAAGAUCUGCCGGCUGCGGGCUGCAGAGGCGGGCGGAGGCUACAAAGAUGCGCUGCAGCUGUUGAUCGAGCACUCGUGGGAGAGGGGAGAGAGGCUGGAUAUGCAGGCACUGAAGCAGUCUUCCACCGAACUCCUCUUUGGGGGCCAUGAGACCACCGCCAGCGCAGCCACGUCUCUGAUCACUUACCUGGGGCUGUACCCUCAUGUUCUCCAGAAAGUGCGGGAGGAGCUGAAGAGUAAGGGUUUACUUUGCAAGAGUGAUCAAGACAACAAGUUGGACAUGGAAACUUUGGAACAGCUUAAAUACAUUGGGUGUGUUAUUAAAGAGACCCUUCGACUGAAUCCCCCAGUUCCAGGAGGGUUUCGGGUCGCCCUUAGGACUUUUGAAUUAAAUGGAUACCAGAUUCCCAAAGGCUGGAAUGUUAUCUACAGCAUCUGUGACACUCACGAUGUGGCUGACAUCUUCUCCAACAAGGAAGAAUUUAAUCCUGACCGAUUUAUGCAGCCGCACCCUGAGGAUGCAUCCAGGUUUAGCUUCAUUCCAUUUGGAGGAGGCCUCAGGAGCUGUGUAGGGAAAGAGUUUGCAAAAAUUCUUCUCAAAAUAUUUACAGUGGAGUUGGCCAGGCAUUGUGACUGGAGGCUUCUGAACGGACCUCCUACAAUGAAAACCAGCCCCACCGUGUACCCUGUGGACGAUCUCCCGGCAAGGUUCACCCGGUUCCAGGGAGAAAUCUGAUGGGCGUGACUGCCUCAACCUCAGACUUACUGGAAGUGUACAUAUGAGUUUUUACACAGUGUCAUGUUGAUUUUAUUAUAUUUAAGUUCUAAAUGUAUAUUAUUUAUGUGUCUCUACUACGGUACCAUGGUCUUUAAAUAUUAAAAUAAUGAAUUUUGCCUAGUUUCCAAAUAAAGUCAAUUUGAAGGUGCUUGUCUUGUAUUUGAAAUCCCUGUGCAGGAACACUCACUGGAGUAGUAUCUGUACGUAUUAUAUUUAACCAGGUUUCUAAACGGCCACAUGUAUGGCUUUAUUUGUCAUCUGUACACAUCUAUUUUCUGUGAGGAAGAAGCCUUGGCUGUUUUUUUCCUCUUAACGGUUAUUAGAGAACAUAUAGUGGAUGGGUGUAUCAGUCCAAAGGUAACUUUGUACAUUUUUCUAUGGCAAUUUAGCUUCCCUAUUUGGAAAAUCUAUCAAAGUUAAUUUUAGAUUUCUGGUGGUUUGUUUUACUUUAGG